AUGUAUCACGACAAGCGGUUUCAAUUAGAUCCUGCUUUCAUUUUCGUCGCGUUCAGCCACUUUCAGAUUCGGGAUGCGACGACGCAGAGCUUUCUGGUCGCCCGCCGAAGCCAAUUCGAGGCGGUCUCUCAACGGCUUCUGUCCGUCAACCCCGCAGUUCUCCAGCGCAUCGUUAACCGUGCUAAGACUGGUGAGAGGGUGAUUCCAGCCACAGACGAAGAGAAACUGUGCUAUCGUGUCCUUCAAGAUAUGGAGAGUGUUGCGGCUAAAGUUGACGGAUCUUCCGCAGGCAGGAAAUGGAUGAGAACGGAAAUAUGGUCCCUAAUUGCCCAUCUUGGAUCCCCUAUCUGGUACAUAACGAUUGCGCCAACAGAUAUCAAACAUCCACUGUGCUUCUACCUUGCAGACGCCAAACAAGCGUUCAAGCCUAACUUACAACCUCCGACGACUGACGAGGAGCGAGACCAUCGCUUUCGCGCUGUAGUGAACAACCCAGUAGCAGGCGCGCGUUUCUUUCACUUCGCCGUCGAAGGAUUCAUUAAGCACGUCCUUGGUGUUGACUCGGGACAUGAUGGUAUCUUUGGCGAGACGAGUGGGUACUACGCGACUGUCGAGCAG